AUGACUAGCCAACUUUCGCUAGGCUUACACUCUCGUGUCUUAAAGACUCCAUUAGGCAAGAUACCAAAGGUGGAUUGGUCCUCUGAUGGAAGAUAUAUCUUGUCAUCAGCGGAUGAUUCUUUGCUCGUUUGGGACGCGAACACGUACAACAAGCUUGCCUUGUUCCAAGUGCCUUCUCUUUGGGUGAUGACAUGUGCAUUUUCGCCUUCCGCAGAGACCAUAGCCGCUGGUGGUUUAAACAACAGUUGCAAAGUUAUCCCCACAGAUAAACCGGACGCCGAGCCAAUUGAUCUUGUCGGACACGAUGGCUUUAUCUCUUCAUGCAAAUAUGUUGACGAAAAUCGUUUAUUAACCUCUUCUGGUGAUCGAAGUUGCAUUUUGUGGGACAUACAAAAGCGAACCUCUAUCACGAAAUUUGAAGGACAUCUUGGAGAUGUCAUGGCAUUAGACUUUUUACCAGGGAACCCAAAUAUAUUUGUUUCUGGCGGUUGCGAUAAAACCUCAAGAGUAUGGGACCUACGGACGAAAUCCUCUGGAUUGACUAUUUUUGGCAAUGAUUCUGAUAUCAACUCUGUUUCUUUUUUUCCUUCGGAAACAUCGUUCGCUACGGGUGCUGAGGAUGGAAAAUCUAAAUGUUUUGAUAUUCGUGCAAAGACAGCCAUCUUUGAAUACCCCUCAGAAAAAUCGAACCCCGUAAGUUCUGUUUGCUUUUCUAAAUCUGGUAAAUUUUUGAUUGUAGCUACAGGUAAAGUAUGCGAGGUAUGGGACUCUGCUUCUGCUAAAUUAGUUACUUCAUUGUCAGGUCAUGAUAACCGUGUUAGUAGCGUUACCCUCAAUCCCGAUGGAACAACUUUAGCAAGCGGUUCUUGGGACUCGACGAUCCGACUUUGGUUCCCCUAA